AGUGCCGACCGGAUGCCCCGCCCCCUUACUUUGAGCCUCCUCCGGGCGCCUGAGGUCUGUGUGAAGUGGAAGGGGAGGUGGGAAGCGAAGCUGAAGCGGCCUGCUGCUUCUCGAAGGAAGGCUCUUCAACCAGCUGCAAUGUCAGCAGACAAUGAUAUUUCCCUCUCCACUUACGAUGAGACUUCGGGAUCAAAACUUGCUCGAAAAGCUAAAGAGACACCAUUUGUCCCAAUUGGAAUGGCAGGCUUUGCAGCUAUUGUUGCCUAUGGAUUAUACAAACUGAAGAGCAGAGGGGAUACUAAAAUGUCUGUCCACCUGAUUCACAUGCGUGUGGGAGCCCAAGGCUUUGUAGUAGGAGCAAUGACUGUUGGUAUGUUGUACUCCAUGUAUCGGGAAUACUGGGCAAAACCCAAACCUUAGGAGGAAAGAUGCUGUCUUUACGCUGAUGUUUUAGAGCUAGAUACCUCACAUUGAGGUUAUUUGUUUUAUGUUUAAAAAUAAAUCAUUUAGGGACAUGUGGUUCUAAAAAGCAGCACAUGUCAGACACGACGCAAUCAUGAUAUUUUAAAGAUUGGAUUUUCAUGGAAGCUUUAGUUUCCCAGGUGAUUCAAGGUAUACUGAUUGGCAUCCAAGAGUUAAUGAGGAGAGCUAGGUUAGUACGAAAGGAACUGGUCAUUGAAGCUUACUUGGGUGAUAAAUUAGAUGCAUAUUUCUCCAAUCUCAAAAAUUAAUGACUAAAAAAUUAACAGGGCCAAGACUCAUGUAGCUCCUAUUGCUUUAAAAUGGGAUAUAUUUUGGGAUAUAAUAUGGGAAGCUGCUUUAACACAAUUCAGGAAAUAGUUCCUCCUUAUCUUGUAGAAUGGUGGAAACUUCAGUGUCUAGGGCUGCCUGGCUUUGCCUAGAGCCAAAAGAACAUCUGUAAGAAAAACAUGAAAUAAAAUAUUAUAGCAAGAGUUUUCUUCCCUACCUUCACCAUAGACAACUUAUUUAUAUUUAAGAUGCGCCUUGAACAGUUGUUAACCAGGCUACUUAACACGGUAGUAUUUAUUAUAAAGUUAGUAAAAGAUGAGAAUAACAAAUGGUAUGGCUUAGUUAUAUUUUUGCUGCUACCAUAUUGAAAUUAUUUUUUAAAUGCCAUCUGUUUUAUAUGUAUUCGAAGUGCUUAUUCAACAGUAAAGAGAACUCUUAAAAUGUA